AUGUUAAGGUUUAAUCAGACCUCCCCUGUGAUGGGGUUCAUUCUCUUGGGACUCUCAGCCCACCCAAUACUAGAGAAAACCUUCUUUGUGCUCAUCCUUCUGAUGUACCUGGUGAUCCUGCUGGGCAAUGGGGUCCUCAUCCUGGUGACCAUCCUGGACUCUCGACUGCACAUGCCCAUGUACUUCUUCCUGAGGAACCUGUCCUUCCUGGAUAUCUGCUACACAACUUCCUCAGUCCCCCUGAUUCUUGACAGCUUCCUGACUCCCAGGAAAACCAUCCCCUUCUUAGCCUGUGCUGUACAGAUGUUUCUCUCUUUCGCCAUGGGAGCCACUGAGUGUGUGCUCCUGAGUAUGAUGGCAUUUGAUCGCUAUGUGGCCAUCUGCAACCCCCUUAGGUACUCUGAGAUCAUGAGCAAAGCUGUCUAUCUGCCCAUGGCUGCUGGAUCUUGGGUAGCUGGAUGCAGCACCGCUGUAGUGCAGACAUCCCUAGCAAUGCAACUGCCCUUCUGUGGAGACAAUAUCAUUAAUCACUUUGCCUGUGAGAUCCUGGCUGUCUUGAAAUUGGCCUGUGCAGAUAUCUCCAUCAACAUUAUCAGCAUGGGAGUGGCCAAUGUGGUCUUCCUGGGAAUCCCGGUACUGUUCAUUUUUUUCUCCUAUGUGUUCAUCAUUGCUACUAUUUUAAGGAUUCCCUCAGCAGAGGGGAAGAAAAAGGCUUUCUCCACUUGCUCUUCCCAUCUCACAGUUGUGGUUGUCUUCUAUGGAACCAUCCUUUUCAUGUAUGGGAAGCCCAAGUCUAAGGACCCACUGGGGACAGGCAAACAGGACCUUUUAGACAAGCUCAUCUCCCUUUUCUAUGGGGUGGUGACCCCCAUGCUCAACCCCAUCAUCUACAGCUUGAGAAACAAGGAUGUGAAGGCGGCUGUGAGUAAUCUGGUAUUUCAGAAACGCUUUUCUCAGUGA